AUGUCAUCGGAUGAGAAGAAUCUUAUAGAAAUCUUGGAGGAAGGUCACAAAGUCGAUAUAGUUAAGUACAUUGAUUACGUCAGUGCUCCUCAAGCCGGCGCCAUAGCGACAUUCUCAGGCACUACGAGAGACAUGUUCGAAGGCAAAGCAGUCUUGGAGCUAAGGUACGAAGCGUAUGUCCCCAUGGCCACAAGAACCCUCACCUCCAUCUGCACAUCCGCUAGAUCAAACUGGGACAUCCACAAGAUCGCUGUCGCUCACCGUCUAGGACCAGUUCCCGUUGGAGAAACCAGCGUGUUCAUUGCGGUUUCGUCUGUUCACCGUGGGGAUGGUUUAGACGCUUGCAAGUUCUUGAUUGAUGAGCUCAAGGCAACGGUUCCGAUUUGGAAGAAGGAGGUGUACACUAAUGGAGAGGUUUGGAAGGAGAACAGUGAGUUUCUGGAGAAGAGAGACGGUUUGGUGAAGAGAGAACAUAGAAGAAGUUGCUGUGGAAGUAAAGUUAGAGUACAAGAAGAUGAAAACAGUUCUUGAUUACUUAUAGCAAAGAGCAAUGUUUUAGUUUUUUUCUUCUACUCUCAAUAAGCAAAAAUGUCUUAAACACACACAUUGUUGAAUCUAAAGACUUCAAACUCCAA